AUGUCCAUCGCAUCGCACCACACGUCCUUCGCCCCAGAGUUCGACUACGAGGGCUACGCGGCCUACGAGCUCACCCUCGCGAGCUACCACGAGGCCCUCCUCGCCACCGUGCUCCAGGAGCACCAGCUCGCCGAGGCCAAGCGCCAGCGCACGCGCAAGCGCGAGGCCGAGGCCAAGGCCAUGCUCGCGAGCCUCAAGAACCUCAACCUGGGCUACGCUGCGUCCCAGUCGCGGCGCCAGCGCGCGCCCUCGGCCUGCCCCAGCCUGUCGAGCUCGACGACGAGCUCGGCCGCCUCCUCGCCGGCCCACUCGCCAGACGACAUGCCCGCCGAGCUCCUCGAGUGGGCCGAUGCAGGCGGCCGCGUGCGCCUCGGCAAGUCGUAG